AUGGAGAUGCCAUUAAAAAGUUUCGAUGAGCAAGAUACAGAAAUUGGAUAAAUUAAUGCUGAGUUAGAAAUUAAGCAAAUGCUAAAAAAUCUCAAGCUUGAAGUUAAGCCUUAACAUGGAAUGACAAGAAAGUCAAUAAGAAAAGUGAAGUUGUGUUUAGGCGCGAACUAAAUAAUAUAGAGAAGAAGAGCACUUCAUUAUUGA